UUAUAUAUGAAGCAUCUGAAAGCAAUAAAAAAUGCAUUCAUCUAACAAUCCUAUAACCAAGGAUCUCUUAAUCUUGUUGUUCUACAUGGUUUACUGGGUUCAAAAACUAAUUUUAAAAAUAUUGUCAAUAAUGUUAAUAUCAGCAAACACUUGAAAUCAGCUUAUUUGCUUGACAUAAGGUAUUGCCAUAAAUUAUACUCAGAAAUCAUGGUGAUUCACCCUAAACCUAAACUAUGAGCUAUGAAGAAAUGGCUAAUGAUUUAAAGCAUUUCAUUCAUGAUCACAAAAUACAAAAUGUUGUACUCCUAGGACAUUCCAUGGGAGGUAGAAUCAUCUUUUCUUAUUUAUAAAAUUUUACAUCUGAUUUACCUAUUGGAAAUAUUAUUGUAGAUGUAGGACCAGGUGAAGGAGAGGGCAAAAAUUAUGUCUAAUUGCUACAAUAAAUUGAUCUCAAAAACAAAAUAUUGAAAGAGAUUGAAAAUAGUAUCUUUUAAAUUGUUUAGAGUAAGGAUAAAACCAAUCUUAUUAUGACUAAUCUCACUUACGCCAAUAAAGAGGAAUUUCAUUCUGAUUAUAAAUGGAAAAUCAACAUAGAUGUGAUAUCCAAAUUUAUGAACAAUGGCCAUUCUGAGUUCUCUAGUAAUUAUUAAGGUUCAGCCUGUGUGAUAUGCGGAGAUAAAUCAGAUUACGUCACUAUUAAUGAUAAACAAGAGUUCUUAAAAGUUUUUCCAAAAAUAGAUAUUAAUCGAGAUAUUCAUUUUAUUUAAGGAGCUGGUCAUUGGGUUUAGGUUGAAAAACCUAGAGAAUUCAUUAAGUUGAUGAGUUAAUAUUUAUCAUCAUUUUGAG